UGUAUUAAUUAAAGUUAUUUCCGUGUCUAUAUAGAACGUAAAAGACUCAAGUAUUUCUAAGAGAGAGAGAUGUCGAAAGAAGUGAGCGAAGAGGGACACACUCAAAGCCAUGGAAAAGACUACGUUGAUCCUCCCCCAGCUCCGUUCCUCGACAUGGGGGAGCUCAAGUCCUGGUCUUUCUACAGGGCCCUCAUCGCCGAGUUCAUCGCCACGCUCCUCUUCCUCUACGUCACCGUAGCCACCGUCAUCGGCCACAAGAAGCAAACCGGUCCUUGCGACGGCGUCGGUUUACUCGGUAUCGCAUGGGCUUUCGGUGGUAUGAUCUUCGUCCUCGUUUACUGCACCGCCGGUAUCUCUGGUGGUCACAUCAACCCAGCUGUGACUUUCGGUCUGUUCUUGGCGCGUAAGGUCUCUCUUGUGAGAGCUGUUGGGUACAUGAUAGCUCAGUGUCUUGGAGCCAUUUGUGGUGUGGGUUUCGUGAAAGCUUUCAUGAAGACUCCUUACAACACUCUCGGAGGCGGAGCUAACACCGUAGCCCCUGGUUACAGCAAGGGAACUGCUCUCGGAGCUGAGAUCAUUGGAACUUUCGUCCUCGUUUACACCGUCUUCUCCGCUACUGACCCUAAGAGAAGCGCUCGUGACUCUCACAUCCCCGUUUUGGCUCCACUUCCAAUUGGAUUCGCUGUGUUCAUGGUGCAUUUGGCUACUAUCCCCAUUACCGGAACUGGAAUUAACCCAGCGAGAAGCUUUGGUGCUGCUGUUAUCUACAACAACGAGAAGGCGUGGGAUGACCAUUGGAUCUUCUGGGUUGGUCCGUUCGUGGGAGCAUUAGCAGCAGCAGCUUACCAUCAAUACAUCUUGAGAGCUGCAGCAGUUAAGGCAUUGGCUUCAUUCCGAAGCAGCGCAACAAACUGAUAAUGAAGUUGUGAAUUUUACCCACUUAAUGAAGGAUUCAAUGUUACUUUAUUUGUUGCUUUUGUGUGUAAUGAGAAAGAACUUAAGUUGGUGGAUGGAUAUGGAUGAUGUUAAUUAUGAAAUGGAUCUAUGUUUUCUUUUCUUUCCUUUAUUUAUUUUUGUUAAAGAAAAAAGCCACUUUGUUAGUUUUUCAAUAGUUUAGUUCGGUGUGUCUUGUGAAUCAUUUGGCUUUUUAUAAGUUAAUCUUUCUAUUUCUCUA